CGCAGGAAUUGAACUAUUCUUAAAUUUGCAUUUUACCCAGGUAUUUGUAUUUACGCCAUUUUACCUGUGUUGACCUAAAUUUGAAAGAAAUGCAAAUGGCGGACUAAAGUUAAUGGGCGAAUAGAAAAUUAAAAACAGUUUUGACCAUGGCAUUUAGAACAAUAUGGGCCUUUUUGUGGGCAAUUUGUAUAAAUGAAAUAGCCGCAAUAACACGUCCCCCUGGUAUGUUUAUACAGCCAAGCUAUGAUGUUUAUUAUAAAGCUGGUGAAACAGUACAGAUGCCAUGUGUAGCUGAUGGAGAGCCUCAACCCAAGUAUACAUGGACAAGAAAUGAAAUAGAUUUUAACCCAAGUGGUAAUGAUGAUCGUAUGGUGCAGUUACCCAAUGUAGGUACAAUAGUAAUCAACAGACCAGAAGAUAAAGAUGAAGCCUUAUAUCAAUGUUUCGCUGAUAAUGGCUAUGGUAUAUCGGCAACAAUUAAUAUUAAUUUAAGGAUAGCCAAAUUGGAUGACUUUGCUACUGAUGACCCUAUUAUACAUUCACCAAACCUUGGUGAUCCUUUGACGCUGGAUUGUGUUUUGCCUGACAGUGUUCCAAGUCCCCAAUUUUACUGGGCAAUAAACAUUAAAGGCAAUAAUUUAGCCAUCAAUUAUGAUGCUCGUAUUACCCUUGAUCAUGAAGCUCGUCUACGAAUAACUAAUGUAAAGGCCGAGGACAGACAAGAGGGUCGUGCUUAUGCAUGUAUUGCUUUAAAUCAAGAUGUACGAAAAGUUGUGUCUGGGGUUCCAAAUUUUAUCCAACCCAGAGGAACUGUGGAAACAUUACAUACUGUAACCUAUAUGUGGGCGUCCCCCUCUGAUCAUUACGGUCUUCGUGGUGAUGAGUUUAAACUAAAGUGUAUUUUCUCUGGAAAUCCUACCCCUGAUGUACAUUGGACAAGAACCAAAGGUGGGGCUAUGCCAGAAGGAAUUAAGAUAACUAGUUUUGGUCAAGAAUUGGUUUUUCCUAGGCUGGCGGAUAGCGAUGCUGGAGAAUAUGAAUGUUGGGCUCUCAAUACACAAAGUGCUCAACGGGCACAGAGUUCAUUUUCUAUACGUGUUGAAUCAAGACCAUACUGGACAGAUAAUGGUCCAGACGAUGUAGAAGUUGGCAUUGGUGGUUCUGCAACUUUUGUAUGUAAGGCUCAGAGUAAUCCAGAUUCAAAAACAAAAUGGUUUGUUAAUGGUGUUCCUUUUGCAAAGGCAACAGACCCCCGAAUAACGAAUGGUAGAUUUAAAGUUUUGGCAACUGAUACUGUGCAGAUGGUUAAUGUGACGCGUGAUGAUGCUAUGGUUAUCCAGUGUAACGUGUCAAAUAAGCACGGAUAUAUCUGGGGUGAUUCCUACCUAAAUGUGCUGUCUGAGUCACCAACUAUAAUUCGACCACCUGAAGCUAAUCAAGUUACAGCAGAAGGUUUAUCUGUGAAUAUAUCUUGUCUUACUACUGGUAAACCUGAUCCACAGAUUACUUGGUUUAUAGAAGGUCAGCAGAUAACAGGAGGUCGUUAUAUAACUCAGCUAAACGGAGAUUUAUUAAUUCAGAAUGUUGUGUUAUCGGAUGCGGGUAAUUACUUGUGUUUAGCUGAGAAUCGCUACGGAAAAAACAAUGCAACUGGAAGAUUAACCGUUCGGCGAAAAACAUUGAUUGAGCAAGAGCCCUUGGAUCUUGAGGUUAUUGCUGGAAAUGAUGCAAAGUUUACAUGUUCUGGCACAACUGACCCUGAAGAAGUUCAUAAUUUGGAGAUUCUUUGGGAAAAAGACAACAAACCUAUCACCCCAAAUGACCAAAGAAUGACAACCAAUAAUCAAGAUAAUUCCUUGACCAUAAGUGGAACCAUUACAAGAGAUUCUGGAACAUAUACUUGCAUAGCAACCAAUGGUCUUGACAAUGCAAGAAAGGCAGCCAUGUUGACUGUCAAAGAUCGUCCAGACGCUCCUACUAAUGUACGUGUAGAGAGAUGUGAUAGCAAUGCUACAAUCAGAUUUACACCAGGAAGUUACAACAACGCUCCUAUACAGUACUUUGUUAUCCAGUACAAUACAUCUUUUAAUCAGGACCAGUGGAACUUCGGUGUUAAAUCAGAUUCUACUCAGACUCAAGUAACGUUGCCACUAUCGCCAUAUGCUAACUUCACAUACAGAGUUAUAGCAUAUAACAAGAUCGGAGAAAGUGACCCUAGUUUCCCAUCAGAAAGUGGUUGUAGGACAAACCCAGCUCUUCCUAGUAAAAAUCCGGAAAAUCUACGUACAAUCGGCUACAAGAGAAAUUAUCUUUACAUGGAGUGGACACCAAUGCCAAGAAUUCAACAAAAUGGGCCAGGAUUUCAGUAUGUGUUACAGAUAAAAAAACGCGGUGAUCCCGAUCAGAACACAAAUUCUAUCACUAUUGAUGAUUGGAGGAUGGAUCGUUAUGAGAUGUCUACUGGUGACAUCUAUCAACCAUACGAAAUAACACUUAAAGCCAGAAACGGCCAAGGUGAAGCUGGUGGCGCCAAGACAAUUAUUGGAUUUUCAGGAGAAGAUUAUCCAACUGUUAUUCCUACUAAUUUAGCAACUGAGAUGAUCAACAUAACAUCUGCUACCCUAUCGUGGAAUUUUGAUAUGAAUACGGUUGAUCAAAUAGAUACACCACUUAGAGGAGAAUUUAAAGGUUUUAAGAUUCAGUAUUGGGAACAACAAAACAAAGCCUAUACUGUCAGAGAAUAUGAUAUAUCUGCUGCUGAGGCCAAGAAAUAUGCUCAAGGAAAUAAAGUCAUCGCUGUAAUUAAAAAUCUUUUGCCAUAUAUAUAUAUUGAAGCUCGGGUGUCUGUGAUGAAUAAUUUCUUUGUUAGUCGACCAACUGAUGUAAUACGAUUCCAGACUUUACCUGGAGUACCCGGUCCAGUAGAAAGAUUUUUAGCCCGAAGUAUUGGUAACAAUCAUUUUAACCUGGAAUGGUUGGAACCAUUGGAUAAGAAUGGACAAAUUAUAGGAUAUGACAUUGGAUACCAGACUGUAAAUGGGUUAGAUUUAGGCAAAAUGCAAGAUCGAGAACCACAGAUUCGAGAUUCUUACCAGACUAGUGCAAUGUUGAGUGGGCUUCUAUCAGAAACUAAGUACAGAGUUUAUAUCUGGGCGAGAACAGCUCAAGGCCGUGGAGACAGUUAUUUUAUAGAACUUGUUACUACUGAGCCAGGCAGUCCUCAAGCACCACGAUAUACAAUAGCAUCAGUAGGAGAACAUCAUAUCAAUAUUACCUGGUGGUUAAACCCAUAUGUUAAAUCAGGAACUGUUAUAUUUGUGGAAUAUAGAAAAUUAGAUGCCCCUGAAUGGUUAAAAUCAACUGAUGAAGUUAUUAAUAGAUGGAAGAAUAUCACCAAUCUUGAAGCUGGUACAACUUAUGAAGUACGUGUGGUAGCCACGAACGGAGCACAGAGAUCUGAAUCUAGUACUGAAGAAGUUACAACCGUAGGCGUAGCUGCGGCCACUGCCCUUAUAGCUAAUAUUGGUUGGUUUAUAGGCAUGUUAUUAGCUGUUAUCAUAGUAAUAGCUAUAGCAGUCGCCGUCUAUUGUAGUGUUAAAGCAGGCCUUGGCUUUAAACGUGUUGAAACGGAGGAUAAUCAUCAUCCUUCCAGUUACUCAGGUAAUACAUCAAGGCUACCUGGAAAAAUCCCUGAACCAAAAGGUUAUCAGAAUGAUUAUUAUAAUGAUAAAGACAGCUAUCAUGAUCGUGAUCAUGACAGCAUUAAUAAAGAUGAUCCACCACCCAGCUAUAGGGAUUAUGAUCGAAGGGACAGCUAUGAUGACAGGCGUGAUAGUUAUGGAGACAGACCAGUUAGUUACUCCAAAAGAGACAGCUAUGAUGAGCGACGAGACAGUUAUGGUGAUAGGGAUCACCACUAUGAAGAAUAUGACAGAGAAAGGGAUGGAUAUCGUGAUGAUCCUUAUGAUUAUCAACGUCAGAAUUCUGGAGCCUAUGACCCAGACUUUGAUACUCGUGAACCUUCCAAGUUUGACAACUAUGGUGCUCCAAGAAACAACUACGAUGAUCAAGUUGCUUAUAGCGACCGUUCCAGUCGUUAUUCGGAUCGCUAUGAUGACGUACCUCCCCCGAGACCUGCUUCAGGAGGUGCAGGUGGCGCAUCAUCGUCCUUUGUUUAAAUCUGAUGUUCAAGUGGACAUAAAUAAAUUAUAUCGAAAAAUGAACUGAACUCAAAGUUUGCAAAAGCGAAUUUAUUUCAAAUUUCUUGAAGAUCAGUCCACUAUUUUUGUGAGUUAAGAUUAAUUGAUUUAUUUCUAAACUUGACCAUUGAGAAUUUAUUUAUGAUCUAUUAUCAUUGGAUGCAAACAUAGAAUUCUGGGUAUUUCUCCCGAUUAAUUGCUAUAGUAACAUGUACAUUAUAAAAAAAAUAUAGAAUUACAAAGUGGUUGCCUUAUUAUAGACCUUUUUUUAAAGCCAUGGUUCUGAAUUAUUUUCUCAGACAAAUGAAUCAUUAGUUUUGUUGUGUGAUCAAACAUAGUCUACAUUUCAAAUAUAAAUGUACUGAUAAAAUAGUUUAGUUGCGUUCUCAAUAUUUUAUUUUCAUGUGAUUAAGUUUAUCAUAUGCAUUGUUUUAUUUUAGUUUUAUCGAUUAUUGAAAAGGAGUACUCCUCGAAAUUUCAAAGAGCAAUGUAAAACUAACUUAUUGCUAGGAAAAUUAUUUGUAAAUAGGGUAGAAGAUCUUUUGAUCAGCAACUAUAAAGAAAAGAUAUUAUAUUAAAUGUGCCAUUGUUGAAGUCUUAUCAAUCAAUCUCUUGAGCACUGGCAAACAAGGAAACACAAGACUGUUGUGUGGUAAAUUAGGAAUCAACGGAAUAGAAAUGAUCUUCACCCAUUAAUGGAGCUGAAACAUGUUAAUUGUUUUUCAUUACAUCACAACAUAUUUGGGACAGCCAGAACUUUCAUUUAGUUGGUUCUUAUUUUUGCCAAUUCAAAACAUCAGAACAUCAAGUAUCCCAAUGUCUUAUUGAUGUUAAAUGAUAAACUACACAAAUGAGUUCAUUGAUGAGAAUUUUAUUUUUAAUGAUGAAUUUAACAGAUUUUACAUAUUUUUGUGUUAAUUAGUGCUUUUUAUUGCUUAACAAAUAAUUAUUUUUUUAAUAAAGUCGAGGUUCCACUAAUGUUUUCAGACCUUUCCAUUCAAAACAUUCUGAAUCUCCAAUCAGGUCUUGAAUUUUAAACAUUUAUAUUCCUGUUAAAUCAAUUCUUUUACCAAAUGUUAUAGUGUAACAUAUAGUAGAACUAUGUAAAGAAAAUUGUGAUUCAAUAAGUAUACCUUAGGUUUGAAUGGACUUCUUUGAUUUUCGACUUUGUUUUAUUGUUUUGCUACAUUUUAACAAUUUAUAUAUGUCUGGCAAUUCAAGUUAUAUUGAUUGAGAAGUGUUGCUGUUUUAUUUAAUAACAAGAUGAAAUUUGUAGACAUACUAAAUUUUGUUUACUAUGAUGUUAUGAUAAUUUAAUAGUAUUAGACUUGUGUACCAUUAAUUAAGUUGAAAUAACAUAUGUCUUGCAUUCAGUAAAAGUGAAUUGGACCUUGUCAUUGUGAAUCAAACCUUGGUUAAGUUUGUAUUAUUUACAAAAAUUCACACAUUUGUAAAUCUUGGUGUCUGAAGAUGAAUGUUGCUAACCAAACAAUCUGCUUAAUGUGAACCUGAUCACUCCAAAAGUACAAUUCAACUUUUAAUUUUGACCUAAAUCAAAGAGGUCUGAAGCCCUCAGGAGUAUUAAAUUUACACAUUGUAUAUAUUCUAUAAUAUCAUGUAUAUCAUAACAUUCCUUGCCUAUAGAUUGUUUAUACCUGUAUUUUUUAUAUUUACUGCUUAUAUAAUAACAUAAUCAUUUUAUUUUAUUUUUUUUUUAAAUAUUACAUAACAACAGGGGAAACCAAAUGCAAAGCAUAAUGUUUCUGUACAAUUAUCAAAAAUUUCAUUUCAGUUUCAAUAGAAAUAAAAAUGAAAUUCUGAACGCAGAUAAAUUGUUUCGUUUUCAUGAUGGAUAUAUCAUGCAAGAAAUCAUUGUUAAAUUGGUUACACAUUAUAUUUUAUUAAAAAAAUAAACAUUUAAGACCAAGCCGAUUUAUUUAAUUUGUUAUCUUUGAGGUAAAAGAGGUUUAAAUUACUCAAUGUUUAAUAUGAGUUAGGUUUACAUCACCUGAAAUUAUUGAAAAUCAUUUGUAAAUAAUCCCAUUAUAAUCAGAAUUACUAUAUAGUACAUUCCAUUAAAAUACUAUUUUAAAUUGGUAUUGUGAAAAUUAGAUUUUUUUUUUAAUCGAAUAAAUCAUUUUUCUAACAAAUA